CAGGAUCUUGUUCGGUCUGCCGGCGACACCCCGCAUUUGCCCGCAGUGAUGUAGCUGCAGCACGCGUGCCCCAUCGCCGGCAUUCGCGAUGAAGAAUGGUUCAUGGAGGCAAUGUUGGCUGAUAUGCUUUUGUGCUUCGGGAUACAAGAAAAGGUCAUGAUCUCGUUCUCUUCCAAGCGCUGACCGGAAGAGCUCACCAUGUCGUCGAAGCAUUUCAUUAAUGAUCCAACUCACCUGGUCUUGAGCGCAUUGAACGCCAUAACGCUUACGAACCCUAACACUGCCCUUGACUCCGAGAACAAGAUUGUCUAUCUUCGUCCUGAUGCUGCAAAACCACAGGUCUCGCUAGUGUCGGGCGGUGGAUCUGGCCAUGAGCCCUCCUUUGCUGCAUUCGUAGGCCCAGGUUUACUCUCAGGCGCAGUAGCAGGCACAAUAUUCGCUUCGCCGAGCGCCGAGCAAAUUCGAAGAUGCAUCCUUCAACGUGUCGAGAGCAGCAAGGGCGUGCUCGUGAUCGUGAUGAAUUACACCGGGGACGUUUUGAACUUUGGCAUGGCUGUGGAGAAAGCCAAGGCUGCCGGCAUGGACGUGGAAAUGGUGGUCAUGGCAGAUGAUGCCGGUGUCGGACGAGCAAAAGGCGGCAAGGUGGGCCGGAGAGGCAUCGCUGGUACAGUCUUAGUGCACAAGAUCGCUGGUGCGCUGGCAGCGACUGGGGCGAGCUUAAAGGAUGUACACAAGGUUGCACAGCUCGUGGCAGACAAUACUGUGAGUAUAGGCUCUUCGUUGAGCCACGUGCAUGUGCCGGGUCGUGCAGUCGGCGGUGAUGAGGAGCUGAAAGAGGACGAAGUCGAGAUUGGCAUGGGUAUCCACAAUGAGGCGGGUUCAGAGAAGAGCACAGCGGAUCUGCCAGGCAUCGUGAAGACCAUGUUGGCGUACAUGCUUGAUCCUUCGGACAAAGACCGAGCCUUCAUGUCCAUAAGCAAGUCGGACGAGACAGUGCUCAUGGUGAACAAUCUCGGCGGUGUAAGCGUGCUGGAAAUGGGUGGCAUCACCACUGAGGUCGUAACGCAGCUGUCGACGGAUCAUGGGAUCAAGCCUGUCCGCAUCGUCUCCGGAACUUUCAUGACAUCCCUGAACGGCCUUGGCUUUUCGAUCUCUCUGCUCAAGCUCCAGGACACUGGUGCUGCCAAGUCUAUGCUCGAGCUUCUCGAUGCACCAGCGGAGUGUACUGGGUGGGCUGCCGCCAUCUCAACCAGUACAUGGUCUAAGCGGCCGAAAGAGACUCGUGAGAAGGGUGCUCGCGCAGAUGCUGAGAACAAGCCUUGCGGCUUAGAGCUCGAUCCUGCAAUGGCGGCAAAGGCAUUGAAGCACGCCCUUGAGCGCGUGGUUGAGGCUGAGCCUGAGAUCACUAGAUACGACACAGUUGUUGGUGACGGCGACUGUGGUAUCGGGCUUAAGCGUGGUGCUGAAGGCGUGCUAAAGCACGUCGACGGCGCGCAACAGGAGAAAGACGCCGCGCUGUAUCUCGAUAAGAUCAUCAGCAUCGUUGAGAACACCAUGGAUGGGACUUCAGGUGCCUUGUACGCUAUCUUCCUGAACGCGCUAGCACACGGACUGCGCGUUCAGAGUGGCGGUGCGGCAAAGCAAGCCGAUGCUAAAGUCUGGGCGAAGGCGCUUGAGGUGGCCUCAGAGAGUAUGGGCAAAUACACACCCGCGAAGCCUGGUGACCGGACACUGGUUGAUGCGCUGGCGCCGUUUGUAGAGCAGCUCGGUGUGACUGGAGACAUCCAGAAGGCCGCGCAGGCUGCUGACGAGGGAGCGAAGAAGACCAAAGGCAUGAAGGCGAGCUUGGGUCGAACUGUGUACGUCGGAGGCAGUGGCUUCGAAGAAGUGCCAGAUCCAGGCGCUCACGGACUAGCCGAAUUCUUCAAUGGCCUAGCUGAGGGUUUGCGAUGAGCUGAUGCCACGGUCGUUGUCCACAUAUCAUAACAUUCAGUUAGCGCUUGCGGUAUUUUCAGCUUGACAUCAGUUUGUCAUCGCGCAUUGUGCAAUCCGCGGUGAGCAAUAAUGACCGAGCGAACGAUACGUAUUUCCUGAAUCAAUCGUGGGGCUGGCAACGGCUCUGCAUUAGC